GGCCGCUGCCAGUAGACUCGAUGUCAGUAUCGCCCCGUUCUCCAUAAAGACGGACCCACCGUUUGUGUCACCGGAGGUUUCGCCAAAACAAGAACGCAGACAAGACGGCUACGUGCUUCGACGCGAUCUCCACAACAAACUGGACGCGUGCGUAUAAGCUGUUAUUUGUGUUUUGAUGAAACGUCUUGGGUUGUUUUCGGCCUACACGACCGCGAUUUUCAGAUCAAUGGAGACGGAUACGUGUUUAUUAGGGUGCCUUUUCUUCGACAUUUCAUGGAUUACUCAGCAGCUCCAUUUUUGAAGAAUCAAGAACCGCACGACGCCGAAACGAUGCGCGCGAUGUCUUGGAUCACCAAACGGCUAGAGGUACGGUCAUAUAAAAAACUCAACUGAGUGUUAUCGACUAAUAUUUUGUUCAUCAAACUGGGGGACCAGGACUGCUUAAUGUCGGAUUACAAAGCCCAGGCUGGGUUGUGCUUGCACAGAUGGCGAACACAAGUGAUCCAGGGGGAAGCAACCCCUCGCUCCAGAAUUAUGCCAUUACUGCGUCUGCGGUCAAACUGGCGUCUUUGGGUCUCAUCACCUGCAUCAGCCUGCUCGGGAAUAGCGUGCUGUCCGUGCUGGUGCUGAAAGACAGCUCACUCCACAAGGCUCCAUAUUACUUCCUCCUCGACCUGUGCGUGGCAGACAUCAUCCGCUCGGCUGUGUGCUUCCCGUUCGUGAUGAUCUCCAUCAACAGCGGCUCUGUAUGGAGCUACAGCUACAUCAGCUGCAAGAUCAUCGCCUUCAUGGCCGUCCUGUUCUGCUUCCACAUCGCGUUCCUCCUGUUCUGCGUCAGCGUAACGCGCUACAUGGCCAUCGCGCACCACCGCUUCUACUCCAAACGCAUGACGCUGUGGACAUGCGUCGCGGUGAUAUGUAUGGUUUGGACGCUCUCGGUCGCGAUGGCAUUUCCCCCGGUCUUCGAUGUCGGGACUUACAAAUUCAUCCGGGAGGAAGAGCAGUGCAUAUUCGAGCACAGAUACGUGAAAGCCAACGACACGCUGGGCUUCAUGCUCAUGCUGGCCGUGAUCGUGGCCACGACCCACGUCGUGUAUGUCAAAAUGCUGUGUUUUGUUUACGACCACCGAAAAAUGAAGCCGGCGCAGCUGGUUCCGGCUAUCAGCCAGAACUGGACCUUUCACGGGCCGGGCGCGACGGGACAGGCCGCUGCCAACUGGAUCGCGGGCUUUGGACGCGGUCCGACGCCGCCGACGUUAGUGGGCAUCAGGCAGGCGGCACACAACGCUAACAGGAGGCUGCUCGUGCUGGACGAGUUCAAAAUGGAGAAACGGAUAGGAAAGAUGUAUUACAUGAUCACCCUGGCGUUUCUGCUCUUCUGGGCGCCCUACAUCGUGUCGUGUUACAUCCGGGUGUUUGUAAAGGGAAACGCGCUUCCUCAGGUGUACCUGUCCGCGGCUGUGUGGUUGACUUUCGCCCAGGCCGGAGCCAAUCCCAUCAUCUGUUUCAUCUUCAACAAGGAGCUGAGAAUGAGAUUCAGAGCCUGUCUGCCGUGUUGCCUGACCACACAAACACCCAUGGAGCCCUAUUGUGUGAUUUGAAGUGUUUUACUCUCUUGUUCACUGGCUGUGUCUGCUUGGUAUUAUACGGUGGCCCCAAAAAGUACAACAGACUCGGGGAGUGUUUAAAAGGAUGUUAAUUUAAUAUUUCCAUAUCUGUUUUAAAAUAUAGCAGAUUAUAAAAUGGUGACACUUCUCUCAAUUCAAGUGAAGCACAAAGAGUGCCACUUAAGCCAAAGUUAACAUGAAUCAAAUGCUUUAACUCUGUCAUUCAUUUAGAAUGAGUCAUUGUAAUGGCAAAGGGAAAAUGUUUAAUUUACAAUGUAAUAAAUAUAUAUGAAGGUAUAUAUAACUGGGUAUAUAUAACAAAAGGCAUAUAGAACACUGCAAAAAAAAAAAAAAACACUGAUGAUGUGUUCACAAUGAUCAAUAAGUUAUGACGUUGAUGUUAAUCAAUUAUAACUUAUUAAACAAAAUAGAUUUUUAUUUUUUAGUUUUAAGUCAGUUGAAGCUAAAAUGACUCAAAAGGAUUUGAUUCAGCUUUAUUUAUUUGUUAAUUUAUUUAUAAAUUUUUCUUAAGGAAAAAAGUAUAAAAUGUGCCAAACACAUCUAGAGGAGUCAUUCAAUGACAUAAUGCAUAAUUUUAAAGAUUUAUGUUGUACCAUUGUCCUUCUAACCAUUAAGUUUUACCAUUUGUUAGCAAAAAAGAGUUGUUAUAUAAUAACUUAAAAAAUAAUAAUUAAUAAAAGCCCUGUGAAUAAACAAGAAUUAUUAUUUAAUAAUUAUUCAAUAAUAAUUUAUUAAAAAUUUUAUGACAAAAAGUCAUGACAACAAAUGUUUGUGUGUUACUUUUACUUAAUGUAAUAAGUCAAUCAGGUAAUAUCAAAAUUGUUUUAGUUAUACAAUAACCCCUUUCACACAGUGAUACCGGUAAAUAUCCAGAAAAUUACCAAAAAAAAAAGCGCUGUUCACCAUUUACGCAUCCAAUCCAAAAUACCAAUAAAUUCUGACAUCAUUAGGCAGAAAUGAGCUCUUAAUGGCUGCGCUGGUAUUUGUACACAUGAUUUUGUUCAUGGCUUUUGUUCAUGAUUUUACUUUGAUUUAAAGCUUUAGCAUUCAUGCAGCUGCUUCGUUCCAAACACACCUAUAGGCAGUAGCUGUGUAAACACAGUGAAAUGUUUACACAUUUGACUACAUUACAAAUUCUGUGGAUGGAUAAGUAUUGUGAACAACUUCGAUGAAAACAUGGAGGAACACUUUUGCAUGUCGAGAUAAUAUGUGUGAUAAUAUGUGUGUGUGCUGGCGCUCACUGGAGCACUCCUUAACUUCACAUGCACACGUGUCAAGCAACUAAAGCAGAGCUUGAAAGUAAAUAAUGGUUUACCAUAAGCAUUUUAGUGGUAAUUUUUUACACAGUUGGCACUCAGAAGGAACAUGGAAAUGUUAUCUGACUAAAAACUAGCAGUUAAAUGUGUCUGGAAAAAUAUUCAAAGGCUUUCAUUUUCAUAAACAGCACGUAUGUGAAUGAGUCUGAAUGUUCUGAUUGGCUGAAGUAGACGUCUCACGUCACUUUGUUCUAAACGUGAACGCGAUCUUUCUGGCAAUUUUCCUUCUGUGUUCACACAGCGCAGCAUUCCAGCAAAUUACCAGUAAUGUUACAACUUCUCUUUCCGGAAAAAUUUCAGAAUUAACCAGUAUUUUCAAAGAGGACCUGUUCACGCAUAUAGAUUAAGGACUGUAUGUGUGAAAGGGGCUAACGUUUGAUGUAAUAUUACUAGUCAGUUUGACUGAUUUAAGUUGAGAUGGCUAAAAAAGUUUAGUUGAUUCAACUAAAAAACUUAAGAUCACUUAAUUAUUAAGUACAGUUCAAAAUAUGUACCUGUUUGAUUUUCAUAUCAACAUGCCUGAUCUGCUGAAUGACAAUGAAACGCUAUUUCAGCCAUUAUUUAACAGUUUAUCACAAAAAUGAUUGGACACAUCAUUUCCAUAUUUGAAUUUCGCCAUAUAGCUCGUUUCUGAUUGGUUAAACACUUUACAUUCAAACACUCCCCAGUCUCAUCUACCUAAAUAACAAUUCAAGUGUUUUAUUUCAUUGCAUUAUCUUACUAUCUUUCCUAAAUAAAUGAUAUUUUCUUAUUUAAUGCAACAACAAUGUUCAUUUCACAUGUCCUGCUGUAGUUUUUUGGGGCCACUGUAGCAUGUGAUAUUUUCCUUCAGUAAAAAGUGACAUUUCAGAAUUGUCCAACCCUUCAUAUCAGAAGAUCCACAUUUAUGCAAUCCACAUAUCGAUGUAAAUAAUGUAAAAAGUUUAUUUAUUUAUAUUCAGGAGCUCUUUUUAACUGAGGUGUAAUAUAUUUGCUAUGACUUUUUUGUGUGUGAAUAAAACGGCCCGUGGCUUUUUACAAUCACAUGGACUAAAUGUGAAUAAAGCGAGUCCCUCUCACACUGCCUGUUAAUUGUUUUCAGUGGACUCGAUUAAGCAAAUUAGGCUGACGGGUCAGUGUUGAGGAGACCGUGAUUUGUAUUUUAAUUAAAAUAAAUGAUUUUAAAUGUA